AUGGCCCCUACCAAUUCAAAGGCUGUGGAGGCUCCCCAGCAGUUCAAACAGCCUUCCAGAAAAGGCAAGAAGGCCUGGCGCAAGAAUGUCGACGUUACCGAAGUUCAGGAAGGUCUUCGAGUAGUUCGUGAGGAAGAAAUCAAAGGUGGUGUCGUAGCAGAGAAACCAUCGGAUGAACUUUUCACCCUCGACACAACAGGAGACCAAGAGUUGGCAAAAGCACAUAGAAAGGGACGCAAACCUCUCAAGUCAGACGAAAUCCUCGCUCAGCGAUCGGCAAUCCCAGCGGUAGAUAGUCGCAAGCGACCAAACUCUAGAGUCACAGAUGGUAUAAUUGAGCCAAAGACGAAGAAGCAGAAGAGCGAUUGGAUCACCAAUAAAGAGUGGACCAGGCUGAAGCGAGUUGCCCAGGAGAACAAMCCCGCCGCUAAGUCAGAAGACGGUGUGAACUACGAUCCUUGGGCAGAUUCAGUGGAAAUUGCCACCUCUCAGGAGAAAGAACUCGAGUAUGUGCCAAAGAAGAAAGACAAGGUUGCUCCUGUAACCUUGAAGGAGGCGCCAAUUUCUCUUGCGGCAAACGGGAAGCCAGUCCCAGCAGUUAAGGCACCUACUGGUGGUGUCAGCUACAAUCCAUCCUUUGAGGAAUGGGACAACCUUCUUGUCAAGGAGGGAAACAAAGAAAUUGAGGCCGAAAAGAAGCGAAUUGAGGAGGCAAAGAAGGAAGCUGAACGACUACGCUUGAUCGAAGAAGCUCAGAAUGACGACGGCGAAAUUAGGUCAGACGAUGAAAGUGCUUGGGAAGGUUUCGAAAGUGAAUAUGAGAAGCCAGAGUGGUUGAAUAAAAAGAGACCUGAGCGGAAGACGCAGGCUCAAAGAAACAAAAUCAAACGCCGGAAGGAAGCAGAGAGAAAAGCUAAGUGGGAGGCAAGGAUGAAACAACGAGAGGAGCAGGCGAAGAAUAUUGAGAGCAUCAGCGAAAGCUUGGAAGAUGAAGAGGCACUUCGCAAACAAUUGCAGCAAGACCUAAGUUCUUCUGACGAGGGUGAUGAUACCGUUCUCCGCAAGAGGCCAUUGGGUAAAAACCCUGUCCCAGAGAAGCCACUUGAAUUGGUGCUUCCCGAUGAACUUCAAGAGUCAUUGCGACUUUUGAAACCAGAGGGAAAUCUACUGGAUGAUCGGUUCAGAACCCUUAUCGUACAGGGAAAGCUUGAGUCUCGUAAGCCUAUUACGCAGUCUAAGAAACCCAAGAAGAAGGUCACCGAGAAAUGGGCUUACAAAGACUUCCAAAUUCCUGGGCUGUGA